CCGAAACCUUGAAUCCUUAUCUUAUUUCUUGUCUUUAGUAGUUAGUGGAGCAACAGCAACAUCAACAUCAAGUAUAAUUCGUGCUGUAAAGAUUAUGUUGACACACACGCUCACGCAUUGCACCAGUUUGAUCAAUGAUAUUCCCAUGAUUCCACAAGCACAAAGUAAUUAGAGCUCCUCGGAACCGAAAUCCAAUUAACUACAUAAACAAAACAAGAAGAUGGUAGAGUCGACGUCAAUUGAUGCAUUAAAUGUCACCCCUGCGACGCCAAGCACAAGCAGCAAAGCCCAAUCAGUUCAUGACUAUAUCAACGAAAACCACGAGCAUCUGCCCGAUGAGAUAGGUGAACAAGCAGUUGCGUCAGCACCAGCAAAAGACCCACAGCCAGAAGGUGAGCAAAUAUUCGCGUCAUCUUCUUCAGCAAAAAACGUCGUGCCAGAAGGUGAAGGUGUAGUAGCGUCAUCAUCUAGCGCAGCGUCGUCAUCCUCUUCGUCAUCAGACUCCGGCGCUGAAAUGACAGGGAUGGGUGCGAUUAUGAGAGUUGUUGGAACUGAAAUAGUUGUUUUAUCAUGUUGUAUGGAAAAUCGAUUUUCCAACAUUCAUGAUGAGGUGGGAAGUACUAGUAAUCGUAGUAACAUGAACGGCGUCCUCGUGCUCGCAGACACAGAUGAGCGAUAAAAAUGAAAAUGAUACUCACACAUUUGGCACGAUCCUUGAUAAAUUGCUUCUCUAAUGUGUGUAGCAAAAUAUCAACGCCAGGAGAAGCUGGGACGCCUAGUAGGAUGUUGGGUAAGAGUCCAUUGCGGGAAAAGAUAGGAGGGCUGAGGGCUACACCAGAAAGAGAUGGUCCAGACGAUCUGGAUGGUCUUCGUCGGAGAAUACGAGAACUCGAGACGAGGAUAGUACUACAAGAACAACAUAUAACCAUACAUGAUGCCAGUACUAAUUCAUAAGUAGAAAGAACAUGAUGACUGUUGAUUCCUGUUGCCUGUUGUUUACAGCUAGCUAUGCUCUCAACCGUAAGAAGCUACCCUUAUCUAGUAUGUUUUUUUUCGCCUAAUCAUUCAUGCAUCAUGUUCUACAACUCCUAGUCCUAUCGGCUACUUCUUUCAGGAAAGCUACGAACAGCGGGAGAGCGAUUUAGUCUAUUCGGGUUUAGAAGCGUGGUUCUCUCCGAAGUCAGCAGAGUUCGUAUUGACUCUUUGUUACGGCUUUCUUAGAUGUCUUCAUCACUCUUUUUCUCCACAUCCUUUUUGCACCCAACAACAGCGAGUCAGUGCCCGUCCUUCGUCUUCCAUCAAGUAUUUUUCCUCUAACCCUGUUGCUUCAUGUUCCUUCCCCUUGCUCAUCAUCUACUUCUAAUCGUCUUGCUUCGUCUUCUUAGCAGCGUUCAGUUAUGGCAGUAUCUUGCUGUUGUUGAUGCAGUUCGAGUUAGCAGGCCUCAGAACAGACUACGGCAUAGCCGGCCGGUCGCACUACGAUAACGUCCUCUCAUGGCUGGCAUCUCACUUCGACUUCGCGAAAGGACCGGUAAGUAUAAAUAUGUAUAUGUCAUACGUCGGUUUAAAAAAGUAAACUGUUCACAAACUAUCUUCCCACAAAUGAAUUCCUUUUUUAGCACUUGCACAGCCCACAACUAAGAAUGUUGCAGCUUCGACUGGACUCGAACUAAGACGGUCUUCCACAACUACUAGCGAGCAGGAGAAUCGCUUCUACUAGACCGUUGGACUCCAACGACAAACACCCACCUCCAGGUGUACAGCCUAGUGAUGUUCUGCGUCAGUUCCUGCUUAUGGGUAGUUUCGAUGCUCGGAAGCAUAGUGGGUAGCGUUCUGGCAACCGCCGUUGCGAGUGUAGGGAUCUACAUUCUAAUGGCACUCGGAGGCGUCUGGGCAAUUAAUCAUCGAGACAAGGGACCGAGAGAGUACUACCCAAUGUUGCUUUGGAAAUACGAAAAUUCCUUCUUCGCAAUUACAUAAGCAUCUUCUAUGUUGGUGUCUUGAUUGCACUCUUCAUUCUGAUCAUUGACAUUGUUCUAGUCGUAGGACUUGGAAUAUAUGAUUUGACUUUAUCCUUAUAUCUUCUCUUUCUCCUUUCUGCUCCUGUGUGGUUCGUAUUUCCAGAAUCACCAGAUCCCAAACCUCCUCUUUUUUAAGGCAGUCUGCACUGAACUUUGUGCGAGAUUAAUUGUAUUGUAUCCUCUUAGGAUGAGAGAAAAGAAAGGAAGUUUUUGAACUUCUAUUCAAGAAAUAAAUUAGUAACUAACUAAUAAAUGAAAGCGCCUACAAUCUAAACAAUUCAUCACCCUCCUCAUUGUACCCCCCUUCUCACUCUCAGAUUCCUCUCCUACCUCCUGUGCAAAGACGAUAUCUUCGGCUGGGCUAAAUCAGGGAUUCAAAGAGUCAUGGUCAUGAUCCCUAUACUAAGUGCCAUGUUCCCUGCGCCACCUGCACCUCCAGAAGCUCCAAGGACUACAUUAAGAAUUUUUAAUAUCUACAAAUAUACUAUUGAUAGUUUUAUCUACACAAAUUGAUAUUUAUACAUAGUAAGGGAAAUCUUAGGCAGCUCGCCGAAUAGAUUCAAAUCAUCCUUUAUCGUAUAACGUCAUGUACUAGUUGUACUAGAAGAAAGACGCGACAGGUUGUAGAAGUCCAGAAGAAGUAGAAUGUGUUUUGCUACUUAAUAUCAUUUCGAUUUCAUGUGACAACUCAGAUUAGAAUUAGUCAUUAUCUGCCACUUCUAACCUAUCCCAACGGAGGAGGCGGCACUCCCAGUACAACAGCGCCCUCAAGUCCAGCUGGGAGUGUUCGAACCCCGAACGGGCUACCCUCUAGCAACAUAAGUUCCGAGACAUUCGUUGCGGCCCACGUCCCCGUUGGGAGCCCUCCGGCGACUAGUCCACCAGCGACGAGCCCUUUUUUAGGAGAGGAUGGACUUGGAUCAAGCGCCGGCGGCCCUCGAAAUUCCAUUGGCGAGAAGUCAAUAGAGGAAAUUCAGCAUGAGCUGGCGGCAAGAGAAGAGCAGCAAAGGAUACAUCUGCUGCACAAAGAGCUGGCGGCUCGAAAACGACGAGAAUCAUUGGGAGGAAACCCGAGACCACCAGGUGCUGUGGACGAGAAUCCUUUUGCCUUUGAUCCACCACCGAGGUCGUAGAACUAGUUCUAGGGCGAAGGGCGUAGUCAAGACUACUCUCUCAACACGUGCUGUGGACGACCCUAAAACGACAGCUUUCAGGCGUUGUACAAUUGUACUUGUGCUGUAAAAAUGCGUACAUUAAUAUCAAGUCAGUGGCACUACUUCUCAAGGUCCUCAUCUUCCACGCCAACUGAAUGCACAUCUUCGAUGGUUCGAAUUUUCCUACCCCCAUGACUUUCAAUUAACAAUCAUCUGCUUUUUGCAGCAGAUCGCUUUCCAAGUCAGUGUGGUGGAACAACAUUCCUACUACAAAACAAAUGCUGUAGUUCUCGUCUUUCCAAGAACGUCUUUCCAAGAAUCAAAAGCCCUCAAUUGCGUGACUGUGUUCUUGUGAUCCAGAUCAUACAUCAUCCAGCGCUGAAAUACGCAAAACAACAGGUCUGGUGUAGUUGUGACGCUAAUUAUAGAUUAUUCUUGAGUUGUUGAUUAAUAUUUGUAGCAACCAUUGCUACAUUGACUUGCUGUUUGACACUCUCGGAAAAGCAUCAUUUCCACCUCCUACACUUCUUCUUCCACUUAGACUUGCAUAGGCUCUUGGUCAAAUAGACAAAAAAAAUGUCUUCCUCUACCGGUGCAGACGCCAAGAACGUGACCACACAGUUUCCUGCCUUUAAGGAACUAGACUGGAAGCGACCAAACGAGCAAGACAACAGUGCUCAAGCAGCAGAAGACAGCCAGUACUGGGAAAAGGAGACUGAGUGGACCUCAAGUGUCUCACCAAUAGAUGCAGAGUUGAAAGCAAUACUGAAAAAAGAAGUAGCGGCUGAGGUAGCGAAAGAGGCUGCUAAGAAGGCAUGAUUCUCUGAUUUUGAUCACCAUGACACUCUGAAACUACUAACGCAGACCCUUGCUCCCCCAACAUUCUCCCCGAGUCGCAUAAAGAUGUUUUUACCGCAGCUUAUGCUGGCUGUGAUGUCUACUCAUCUUUCUCACCUGACGGGUGUUGCCGAUCUAAAGAGGAUUGCUG